AUGGAAUCAUUUCUCGUGGGUCUCAUGAUGCUAUCAGUAGUCAUUUCGGCAAAAGCGGAAGAAAUUUGCGAGUAUAACGGAAACCAAUACAAUGCCGGCGACAGCUUCAUGAAUGCCGACGGCUGUAACACAUGCGUGUGUGGGAAAAACGGGAUUGCGGCGUGCACAAUGAAGUUAUGGUCUUGUAAUGGCCGUCUGAAGGAAUACCCUAACGGCUCAGUGUUCCUGGACCAAGACUGCAACAAGUGCCAUUGUAUAAAUGGAAACAUAAUUUGCACGAUCAUGGAUGGAUGUGAGGUGACUCCGGGAGAGCCAUGCAAAGACGAUCUUGGCAAAGAAUACCAACACGGUUCGACGUUCUAUAACGAAGAAAACUGCAAUAGGUGCUUCUGUAACGACGUCAUCCUGGGAUGCACACGGAUGCCCUGUGUAAAGCCGCCGCCUGAGGGAGUGUGCGAGUACAACGGCCUCAGGUACACUGCCGGAGACAGCUUCAAGGACACCGUUGGCUGCAACACCUAUAACGCAUGUACACACAGCUAUGAACUACAAAUCGGACAUCAACUAGUAGACUCUAGCGAGUUCGAUGGGCGAGGAAGUCAAUCAAGUCAUCGUCAUUUUAAACUAUUAACAGUGAACGUAGCAGAGAUUUUGGAAUUGGGGAUUUUAAGUGUCAGUUUGCUUUACGAGCUGCAACGUUACACUAGUCAAGCCCGACGUCCCGUAUCUGCGCACUUGCGACAACUGCUCUACAGACUACCCCAGCUCCAUCACACGCUUCAACCUACCUCUCAAUCUCCGACAGCAAGACCAACCAAAGCAGGUGCAACUUCCACUCUGACGUCUGCGCCUGUAUCAACCUCAACUGUGCAUUCAACACAUUCCCGGAAGUUACGAACGCGCUUCAAUGCAACUUACGUUUUCCUUCAAUUAAAGUUCUAUGGAAACAAAUGCCCAAUCAAAGUUGUCGAAUACGCCUCACUCCACGGGGGGCACGUCCUGGAGCAUAAUGAAAGCUGUUUCGAAGUUGUGACCCAUCCGAUGACGUGGAAUGACGCAGAAUAUCACUGCAAAUCAAACGGAGGCCACCUUGCGUACAUCACCAGUCAGGUGGAAGAGGAUUUUAUUACGAACUUCCUGAACAAAGAAAGGCUAAAUCAGUAUGUCUGGAUCGGACUCUCAGACCAGGGUAAAGAGGGGAGUUGGUCCUGGACAUCGGGUUAUCCAUUCUCGUGGACAAAGUGGUUCCCCUUUAGAUACAAUUUAGACAAGCACAACUCGGAGGAUUGCGUUGCACUGGUUCCCGCGAUUGGCGUGAUCUUUGGUAUUCAUGCAAAUGGAGCAUGGGAUGAUCUGCAUUGCGAGGCGUUUAACCCAUCACUAUGUCGUUAUGAUGCCCAUCAGACAGCCGCUGCGCUUGUAAAUGACCUUCUUGGAUUGCUUUCUAAUCUGGGUCAUUCGAUAUUUGGAUAAAAACAUUAACUCCGAAAA